CAACCCGAUAAAAUCAACGGAAAGACUGAUGCAAGUCAUGACUCUGGCAUUUCUUCACAGCACAGAAUGUGCACGGAGGACGUGGGGUGCGGAGCUGGGCCAGAGUUUCUCUAGAUCGGGGGGUUUAUCACACACACAUCCACGCAGUUACUGGGACGGGCUGUUGCCAGCCCUAGGAAAGUAGAGACUACAUCCCCUGACUAACGGAGGAGCACACAACUGCGUUUCCAGGAGCAUGCGUCUGCACUGAGGGAGUCGUUCUGUGUAAAGGCCGGAAGAGAAGGAUCGUUGCGUUGAGAUGGCUGAGCGAGAUAACCCGAAUCCCAAGUCCCAAAAGUUAUUCCGGGAAAGCCGGAGGACAGCGAGGCGCAGGAGGAAUUUACCUGAAUCCCAGGAACCCAAGGUGGAGGAGGACAAAGGGGAGAAGCAGAACUUCGGGGAGAAGUUCGUCAUGGAGAAGGUCCACGAGUUCUUCCAGGAGUGCGGCGUGGGUGAGAGGGGCUUCAUCACACGGGAAGACAUGCAGAAGCUGCAGCAGAAGUUUCCCUUCAGUUCAGAGGAGUUGGAGAUGGUGUUUGAUAAGCUGGAUGUGGACACCAAAGGCAUUCUGACCCCUGAACAGCUUACUGAGGGGCUGAGCCACUUCCUGAGCGACCAGGGGGAGGACAAGGAUGUUUCAUGUCUGAAGCUUGCUACCGAACCCCAGUACUGCGACUCCCACUCCCACAGCCUCCAGGACCAGGUUGACGUUGAAGAUGAGGAGAAGCAUCAGUUUGCCACACUGAUGGGGAAACUGGGAGCCACUGUCAUCUUUGAAGAUAAGUCAGAGAUUUGGAAGCUGUGGAUCCAGCUCAGACGCAACGAGCCAAACUUGUUGGGGCACCUGGAGGACUUCCUAUCCAAAGUGACUGGCCAAAUCCAGGACACUCUGCAUGAGAAGGAGGAUUUGGAACGCACCCUAAAAAAGAAGAUGGUGGAACACAAUGCAGACACGCAGAGACUCUAUGAGGAGAUGGAGCUUCAAAUCAACAAUGAGAAGGAAAGGAUAGAGGAUGAGAUUGUUGUGAGGUUCCAAGCCCAGAGUCACGACCUACAAAAGGAAUUAGACAGCAAACAGGAAGAAGUGCAAAAUCUGGUCCAGGUGCAGGCACAGUUACAGGCAGAGCUCAUGUUACUGGGCUGCAAACAGGACGAGGCCAACACUGAGAACCAGGAGCUCAAGAUGAGCAACCAGGAGCUCAAGAUGAGCAACCAGGAGAUGGCGUUGCAGGUGGAGGGAAUCCAACAGGAGCUGCAGGAGGCACGGGAUCGGCUGGUGAUUCUCAAGGAGGAAACAACUCACCGGGAGGAGAGAGAAGGGGAGUGGAGGCAGUCUCUUGGGCUGGAGGGUCCACGCUCGGGGGAAGCUGUUCAGCAGUUACAGGCUGAGCUUGUGUCCAUGCGCAGUAAACAUGACGAGAUCAGCACUGAGAACCAGGAGCUCAAAUGCCUCAACCAGAAGCUGGCGACGGGGAUGGAGGGGAUCCAAGCGGAGCUGCAGGAGGCUCGGGAUCGACUGGAGGGGAAGGAUGGAGAGUGUAAUCGAACUCCUGACAAUGCGAGGCCGUGCUCUGAAGAGGCUGAUCAGCAGUUACAGGCGGAGCUCGAGUCCCUGCGCAGUAAACAGGACGAGACCAGCACUGAGAACCAGGAGCUGCAUCUCACCAACCAGGAGCUGGAAGCUCGGCUGGAGGGGAUUAAACAAGAGCUGCAGGAGGCUCGGGAUCGGCUGGUGAUCCUCCAGGAGGAAGCAGCUCACCGAGAGGAGAGAGAAGGUGAGUUGGAUCCAUCUCCAGGACCGUGCUCCAAAGAAGCUUUUCAGCAGUUGCAGGCGGAGCUCGUGACCCUGCGCAGUAAACAGGACGAGACAGGCACUGAGAACCAGGAGCUGCAUCUCACCAACCGGGAGCUGGAAGUGCGGCUGGAGGGGAUCCAACAGGAGCUGCAGGAGGCUCGGGAUCGGCUGGUGAGCCUCCAGGAGGAAGCAGCUCACCGAGAGGAGAGAGGAGGAGAGUUGGAUCCAUGUCCAGGCAGUGCAGGUCCGUGUACAGAAGAAGCUUUUCAAGAGUUACAGACAGAGCUCGUGUCCCUGCGCAGUAAACAGGACGAGACCGGCACUGAGAACCAGGAGCUGCAUCUCACCAACCAGGAGCUGGAAGCACGGAUGGAGGGGAUCCAACAGGAGCUGCAGGAGGCUCGGGAUCGGCUGGUGAGCCUCCAGGAGGAAGCAGCUCACCGAGAGGAGAGAGGAGGAGAGUUCGAUCCUUCUUCAGGCAGUGUUGGCCCGGGUUCCGAAGAAACUAUUCAAAAGUUACAUGCGGAGCUCGUGUCCCUGCGGAGUAAAGAGGACGAGACCAGCACUGAGAACCAGGAGCUGCAUCUCACCAACCAUGAGCUGGAAGUACGGCUGGAGGGGAUACGACAGGAGCUGCAGGAGGCUCGGGAUCGGCUGGUGAUCCUCCAGGAGGAAGCAGCUCACCGGGAGAAGGGAGAAGGAGAGCUGGAUCGGACACCUGGCACUGAGGGACAGUGCUCUGAAGAAGCUAUUCAGCAGUUGCAGGCGGAGCUCGAGUCCCUGCGCAGUAAACAGGACAAAAUCAGCACUGAGAACCAGGAGCUGCAUCUCACCAACCAGGAGCUGGAAGCUCGGCUGGAGGGGAUCCGACAGGAGCUACAGGAGGCUCGGGAUCGGCUGGUGGGCCUCAAGGAGGAAGCAGCUCACCGAGACGAGGGAGAAGGGCUCCAGAGAACCCGCUCCAUCCGACGCCGUGUUGCCCGCGAUACGUCGGGCAAACCGGACACCCCUGGAGAGGACCCCCACCUGAGGGUCGAAGGUCAGGAAGCGACCCUGAGAGUAGAUGGAGACGGAGAUCACGAGGAAACAGCAGCGGCCUCGGCAGGAGAUGGAACGACAGAGACAACUAAAGAGUUACAGGCGGAGCUCGUGUCCCUGCUCAGUAAACUGGAUGAGACCAGCACUGAGAACCAGGAGCUGCAUCUCACCAACCAGGAACUGAAGACACAAUUAGAGCAGAUCCAACAGGAGCUGCAGGAGGCUCGAGAUCGGCCGAUGAUCCUCCAGGAGGAAGCAACUCACCGAGAGGAGGGAGAAGGAGGCGAGGAUCAACUGUCUGGCAGUGGAAGAGCAGAUUCUGAUGAAGUUGUCCUGCAGUUGCAGGCGGAGCUCGAGUCCCUGCGCAGUAAACAGGACGAGACCAGCACUGAGAACCAGGCGCUCACUUUGAUCAACCAGGAGCUGGAAGCACGGCUGGUGGGGAUCGACAAGGAGCUGCAGGAGGCUCGGAAUCAGCUGGUGAUCCUCCAGGAGGAAGUAACUCACCGAGAGGCAGGAGAAGGACUCCAGAGAACUCACUCCAUCCGACGCCGUGUCACCCACGACCCCCACCUGCAGGUCAAAGGUAUGGAAGUGACCCUGGGAAUCGGAGACGAUGAGGAAACAGCAGCAGCUUCAGCAGGAGAUGGAGCAGAAGAGAGAACCAAAAAGAUGGCGGGCUCCAAGGAUCCCGACCAAGUCUACAACAUCAUGUUCGUGGGGAAUUCCAAUUGUGGGAAAACAUCCUUCAUCCAGCAUUUCUGUGAUGGUAAUAUCCAGCCGGAAACAGCUUCCACCGUAGGGAUCGAUUAUCGAGUGAAGACCCUGAUGGUGGGGGACAGGCACGUUGCCCUCCAACUGUGGGACACUGCAGGUCAGGAGCGGUACCACUGUGUGACCAAACAGUACUUUAGGAAGGCAGACGCAGUGAUUGUGAUGUACGACAUUGCUUCCUCCACCUCGUUCAGUAAGGUGCACUAUUGGUUGGCCUGUAUCAAGGAAACAACAUCUGAUGAUGUCUGCAUUCUUCUGCUGGGAAACAAAAUGGAUGACACUGCCCACCGUCAAGUCUCCAAAGCUGAGGCAGAACAACUUGCUCAGAACUACAACAUCUUGUUCUACGAAUGCAGUGCCCACACUGGUCAGAACAUCAUUGACUGCAUAGUGCAUCUCUCAAAAUCGCUGAAGCAGCAGGAAGAGAGGAUUCAAGGGAAGACGGUGGAAUUGGUGAAGAAGCCGGCAGAGAAGCGGUGUUGUUAGAAAACAUGGAAAAUAGGUGCAGGAGUAGGCCAUUCGGCCCUUCGAGCCAGCAUCGCCAUUCAAUAUGAUCAUGGCUGAUCCAAAAUCAGUACCCUGUUCCCGCUUUUUCCCGUAUCCCUUGAUUCCUUUUGCCCUAAGAGCUAAAUCUAACUCUCUCUUGAAAACAUCCAGUGAAUUGGCCUCCACUGCCUUCUGUGGCAAAAACAUCCACAGAUUCACGAACUCUCUGGGUGAAAAAGUUUUUCCUCAUCACAGUCCCAAGUGGCCUUCCCCUUAUUCUUAAACUGUGACCCCGGGUUCUGGACUCCCCCAACAUCGAGAACUUUUUUCCUGCAUCUAUCCUGUCCAAUCCUCUAAGAAUUUUAUAUGUUUCUAUAAGAUACCCUCUCAUCCUUCUAAAUUCCAGCGAGUACAAGCCCAGUCGACACAUUCCUUCAUCAUAUGUCAGUCCCGCUCAUCAUAUGUUGCUCAUAGUCUAGUCACAACCACUUAGCAGUGGUAUGGGCUGCAGUCCUGAGAUGCCCCCACACCUCACCCUUCCUCUACUGUGACUUAUGGCACUUUCCUGCCAGAUCUGACCCAUCACUUUCUCCCUUCAUACCAUCUCUUCAAUCUGUCCCACCAUACGUUCAUAAGUUCAUGUUAUAGGAGCAGAAUUAGGCCAUUUAGUCCAUCAAGUCUACUCCACCAUUCAAUCAUGGCUGAUCUAUCUUUCCCUCCCAACCCCAUUCUCCUACUUUUACCUCAUAACCCCGGACACCCGUACUGAUCAAGAAUCUGUAAAUCACCGCCUUUAAAAUAUCCAUUGGCUUGGCCUCCACAGUCUGGAAAUCCACAGAUUGAUCACCGUCUGACUAAAGAAAUUCCUCCUCAUCUCCUUUCUAAAGGUACGUCUUUUUAUUCUGAGGCUAUGGCCUCUGGUCCUGGACUCUCCAACUAGUGGAAACAUCCUCUCCACACCCACUCUAUCCAGGCCUUUCACUAUUCAGUAAAUCCCUUCACACUAUCCCAUCACUCCAACGCUGCACUCUGCCCUACCACCCUGUCCCGGCACUUGUCCUGUAAGUCCAUCUCACUAUCCUGCCCAAUCACUCCGCCCUGUAACUGCAUCCCACCACCCUGUCCUGUCAUUCUGUACUGGAACUCUGUCUGGCCACCCCGUCUCACAACAUUGUUCCACCUCACUUUUCCACACACCUGCUUUGCCAGGUGAGGAGGGGGCUGUGGACCCCCAGCGGGACCCAAAAACAAGACCUGUCAAAGGGAGCAUGAGCUUCUUGCAAGCCAACGGCCAUCCACACUUCAGUAGAAGUUGCGAUCGCUGUCGAACAUAGCAUCGUAAGGAAUGAUGAUAAAGCACUCACACACACCAAAAUCCCGUACUUCCAGCGGCGGAGGUCCACAGGAACUGGAGGACAGAGACGUGUGGUGCGUCCGUCACCGUUCCCGUUGGAAACCAGCACGACUGCGUCGCUAAUGUUUUCAACGAUGAUAAAUGAAUGAAUGACUUUUCCACCACACGGCUGACUCAAUCUUUGCCCCACUGUCCCAUCCCACUCUGACCAUUUGAAUGUCUCAUUUCAGUGCGCUACCACAACCCCCCCCCCCCCCCACCACCAAACCAUCCUCCCUACAAUGCGACAACCUCAUGUUAUACUGACUGAUUAUUCUCUUAUGUCAGAAGUCCAGUUGCUGUGUCACAUCCCACCAGAGCUGAGACAUGGGGGACAUCAGUCUGGGUGCUGUCAGUGUUGGGACUGUGGAUUAUCCAGAUCCAGAGCAGAAUUUUCCACUGGGAUAAGUGGCAGUGAAUGAAUAUCCAGGCACAGUAAGGCGGCGCAUAUAUUCACGGUUUUCUCAGGGUAAUACAGAAGAGCUGGGGGACACAAACUGCUUUGAUCCUAUGUGCUGAAGUUGGACUAUUGAACAAGCCUGGCUUAACAUUGGGACAGGGUAUGUUCAUUGUAGGCCUCUUGAUCAGAGUUCCUGACCAUGACUGCACUCUUACUUGCUGCACCACCUCUCCUCCGCUGCCUCCAUGUGCUGAAUGACUCAUCGGGCAGACACUACCAAUUCCCCACCAACUUUUAUCAGUUCAAAACUGAUAAACUGGCUCUUUAUCAGCACUAAUUCCAGAUCACAAUAUUGCCACAAACAAUAGUUGGAGCACCUUCAAUACAGGUGCCUGGAGCGCAGCAACACAGUAAUGCCCCUGUCCCACUUAGGAAACCUGAACAGAUACCUCUGGAGACUUUACGCCCCACCCAAGGUUUCCGUGUGGUUCCCGGAGGUUUUUGUCAGUCUCCCUACCUGCUUCCACUACCUGCAACCUCCAGCAACCACCUGCAACCUCCGGGAACCGCACGGAAACCUUGGGCGGGACACAAAGUCUCCAGAGAUUUCCGUUCAGGUUUCCUAAGUGGGACAGGGGCAUAAAGGCUUCACUUGUUCACCAGCACCUUGUUGAGGGUAAUUAAGGGUGUGUAUUAAAUAUUGGUCAGUAGUAUUGGCCACUUGCACAUGAAGCAAGCCCCUCGAUGGCUCACCAAGGGUCAUUGGAGGGACUGCCUCUUGGAGGAUCGCUAGUGCUCGUGCCCCAAGGUGCUUCAGGCAACUAAAAUGGUAUUGCACGAGGAACAGCCUUUCCAUUGGGGUAUGCGCCAGUGCAGAAGGAAAGGUCGGGGGGAGUUCCCCCCGCCACGGGUACCAUGUAAUCCCGUGCUACUUCCUCCAUGGUCGGCAACUAAACCGUCUCCCACACCCGGUUUGCCAGGUGAGGAGAGGGCUGUGGACCCCCAGCAGGACCAAAAACAAGACCUGCCAAAGGGCGGAUGAGCUUCUAGCGUGCCAACGGCCAUCUACACUUCAGUAGAAGUUGCGAUCACUGUCGUACACGGCAUUGUAAGGCACCGUGCCCGUUGAUGUUUUCAACGAUGAUGAUGAUGAUGAGAAGGAAACAAGCUCAGGUCUGGGAGCCACCCGGGUAAGAAUCCCAAGGAUGGGAAGAGGGAGCUGAGAUUAAGGGUUGAUAGAUCAGGAGAGGGAUAGAGAUAGUAGGCGACUGGCGGGAUCAUGGGGAUAGUGAAGGAUCAGCAGGGCAGGACUGGCCAUCUGUGUCAUGGUGAGGUCUUGUGCGCGUUUCGUGCAUUGGCGGAUGCAGGGGGAAGGAUGAGGGGUCAGCACAUCGGUGGGAGAGGGAGGGUGGGGCAGAUGAAGGUUGUGAGUUUGGGUUCCUGGGGACUGGCGGAUGGUGAAUGGAAGAUGUCCUCAUAGACAACCCACCAAAUCAUUUAUCACAACUUGCCUGACAUCUGCCCUGACGGGUCCCUUGUGCAGGGUUUGGCUCUGGCCCAUAUACAGUGUGGGACACCAGGUGACAUUGAUAGUCUUGGAAGAGGCCAUCAAUGUGUGUUAUACACCGUUGGUGACCACUAGGCAUGACCCGGGUCCCCAGUGGGACCAUGGUUACAAACAUUGUGCAACCCAAUGCUCAGUUAGGUUUGUUUUAUCAUGAGACAUCCAGCACAGGAAUAGGCCCUUCAGCCCAUAAUAUCUGCGCCGGCCAUGAUGCCAAUUUAUACUAAUCCCAUCCAUCCAUCCAUCCGCCCAUAGUCUGUAUCUUUCAUCUCCUUCCUGUUCAAAUACAUGAAACUGGACCAUACAGCACAAAAAACAGUGAUGGCACCAAACCCAUUAUAGGUCUAGCUUUUGUACAAUUAUUACAUUUAAUACUGAUUUUUAUUAAAUAAUAAUCCAGAGUGACUUAUUUGUUAUGAAUUAGAGUAACACAGCUUGGAAACAGGCUUCGGGCCUAACACAUACACAUUAUAUGUGUACCUGUGACUCCUGGUUUGACACUCUCUCGGCCUUCUAUUUGUUGUGUGUCACACUCUCCCUUAUGCACCUUUGGUAAUAUUGCUGAAAAUAUUUUAUGGAAAUAAAAGUGCCUUUGAACUGUUCACCGUAUUGUUGCUUCUCGGAGCGGGCUGUCAAUUCAUAUGUGUCCUCUCAAUGCAGUCCAGGGAAAGAGUCCCGCGGCAAUCUGUUCGAGGAUUUUUCUGACAUACAAACUUUGCCAGAUGUUUGGAGGGAAGCAGAGACACCACUCAAAAUUCCCAGCCAUGUGGUCUUGCAGGUGCAGGGAGCAUAUUGUAGAGACAUAGGAACUCUGAUUAAAAGACAGCUUGAGACUUUGGGUCCACAAGUUCGAUAUUUAGCUUUGUAUCCCAGCAACAUGUUGGUAGCACGGUGGCACAGCUGGCAGAGCCGCUACCACACAGCUCCUCAGACCUGGGUUUGAUUCUCACCAUGGAUGAUGGACUUCACAUGUUCUCCCUGUGACCUCGUGUGUUUCCUCCGAGUGCUCCAGUUUACUCCCACAUCCCAAGGACGUGUGGGUUGGUGGCCACUGUCAAUUAUUCCCUAGCUUGGAGGUGCAGUGGUAAAAUCUGGGAAGAGUUGUUGAGCGCGUGGGGAGAAUCAUUUUGCGGGAGUUUAGUUUAGUUUAGAGAUGCAGCCCGGAAACAAGGCCACUGAGUUUGUGCCAACCAGCGAUCACCCUGAACACUAGCACCAUCCUACACACUCAGGACAAUAUAUAUAAUUUUUACCGAAGCCAGUUAACCUACAAACCUGUACGUCUUUGGAGUGUGUGAGGAUGCAGGAGCACCUGGGGGAAACCCACGCGGUCACGGGGAGAAUGUACAAACUCUGUACACGUGGGACAGCACCAGUAGUCAGGAUCGAACCCGGGUCUCUGGCGCUGUAAGGCAGCAACUCCGUG